UCGUGACGCGUCAGGUCGCGUGUGUAAACUGGAGAAGUGCGUAUUUUCGGCCAGGCAAGCAUGGACUCUCAUCCUUCUACUUCCACCUCGGAUGGUCUUCAGCCUUCGAGCCUUUCCGAGAUAUGUCUCAGCCUAGUAUUCCGCCAGCUCAUCUCAAUCCUCACUGAAAUUCAAGACUCGGAACAAAAUACUUACGCCGGAAGACAGAAACAACUUUUCAAGCUGUUAGAUUUCUUCAAGAAGCCUCAAUCUCGGUCCGAUUCCUGCCCCAUUCCAUCUGUAGCACCCCAUCUGGUGAAAAAGUUAAUCAAGCUAUACAUCGAGCACGUCUCUCUCGAUACGCUGGACUAUGGCCCAAACGAAUUGCCUUUGGUCUUCUAUCUUUCGAUAUGUUCGAUCUACUCCGACCUCGACACCUUCGGCUUCAAGACGCGUGAAUCCCACCUCGACAGGGAGCCCUGCUAUCACCAACUCCGUCUGGACAAGCCUAUCGAACUCGAAUUGGUUCAGAAGCAUCUCCAGGCCUCUCAGUGUAUCACGAUACUCGACCUGACGGGAGACAGAAAAUUUACCGAUUCUGGGCUGCUUCAUCUCCACCAUCUCAUUGGUAGUUCAGUCAGAUCGAUCAUACUCGACCAUACCUCUGUUACCGACCUAGGAAUUGCCCAUCUUUCUCGCUCGCUUGGGACGGCUGAAGAUUCAUCAGGCCAGACCAGUGAACUUUCCUCUCCCGAGGCGUUUAGAGAGUUAAGGUCAAUUAGUUGCAGGGGCUUGUAUGAUAUAACCGAUCGCUCUGCCAAGAAAUUCAGUCGGUUUCCAAACCUUUUAUCCAUUGACCUGACCGGUACAUCGUGUACAGAUGCGACGCGGCUUAUCUUGAAUAGGUCCCAGACUGCACAUCACAAGCAGUUUCACUUCCGGCCUGCGCAAACUGAAAAAGAACUCGAGUCAUUCUCUCGUAGUUUAGAGCCAUCUGAAAAAUUGAAAAAACUAUUGAACCAGGAUAAGGAAUCAAUACGAUCUGAUAGCUCAUUCUUUUUUCAAAUCAAUCGAAGCGAUCGAGCUUAUUCCAAGAAUUAUGGGGCCACCUUAGAGUCAUCAGCUUUUUCCAAGCGCUUUCGACCUUUUUGUCUCCUCAGAAGUGUUUCCGCUGCCCCUUCCUCCUCCUCUACUACACCUGCAGACGUUCGCAAUCCAUCCACAUCAAAUUCAAGCAAUCCUCAAGUUCAGAUCUCCAAGCAAUCAUCUUCUCUCCCCUUGAUCAAACGAAAGAAACUCAACCCUUCCAUCCUUGAUGACUUGCUUGAGGUCAAAAAGUCUUUCAAAAAGUAG